AUGGCUGAAGAUAAAGUUAUUUUAUGUAUCCAAAAGAACUCGUUUGGAGAAAAGUCAAAAUUCCAGAAAAACUUGCCAGUUUUCUACGAUGACAAGGGUCUGUUAAGAGUGAAGAUCAGGCUAGUUCUGAAUGACGACAGUGAAGAUUUCAAAUUGCCGAUUCUUUUACCUUCAAGUCAUCCUAUCGUCACACGUCUCAUUAUGGAACUUCAUGUUGCUAAUCAACACGCUGGACUUAAAUCAAUGUUAAUUAUAGUCAGAGAAAGGUUUUGGAUUUUAAAGGGUAUAAAAACCAUUCGCAAUGUUUUAUCUCACUGUGCCAAAUGCAAGAGAUUCAAGUCUAAAGCAGGAGAAGCACCAGUUGCUCCACUUCCCUUAGAACGGAUCACGGAAUGCAACGCUUUCCAGUCUAGAGGCAUUGAUAUGGCAGGACCACUGUACCUAAGAAACGGGGAAAGAGCAUGGGUGGUUUUAUUCACAUGUGCCGUGUACAGAGCUGUGUGUAGUGUAUACAAUAAUAAUGUACCAUAA